UGAACGACACUCAACACUACUCACCAACCCAAGCAACGGGUGUCUCCUCCCUCUCUUUGCCUCUCUCAAAUUCCAAUAUAACCAAGCAAUGCCCCUUGCCUCUGUUAAUAAAUUUUCGGCGGCAAAGAGGAUUAAAGAUCCGAAAUUGUGAGAUUCAAAUUAAUUGAAAGGUGGGGUUGUCCCGCCAAGGUUUCGCCCGCGACCCACUAGCCACCACUAGCUGCAAACUUGGAGAGGUAGCAUAUAUACACAGUACCUCUCUGUUUCUAUGGUAGCAUAUAUACACACAGUACCUCCACUAGAGCAAGCAUGGCUGUAUCAAACAAGAGCUCUGUAAAGGCUUCUCCUGUUAAGCCAAAACUCUCGGCCAAUCCUUCGUCUCCUCGCAAGACACGUAUCAAAUCUCCUGGAGUUCGUGUGAUCAGUGGAAGGAUCUAUGAUUCUGAGAAUGGCAAAACUUGUCAUCAGUGUCGGCAGAAGACCAUGGAUUUCAUGGCGUCUUGCAGGAACAUGCGGCAGGGAAAGCCGUGCACCAUCAACUUCUGUCACAAAUGCCUCUUGAACAGGUAUGGAGAGAAUGCUGAGGAGAUGGCCGGUGUGGAUGGAUGGAAUUGCCCCAAAUGCAGAGGAAUAUGCAACUGCAGUUUUUGCAUGGGGUUGGAAGGGUGGGGGCUAAAUGGAUCAUGUGUUUAUUUCGAUAGAAACACAAUGCUAUCAAUAUAUUCUUUUUGUAGGAAAAAGAGAGGCCAAGAGCCAACAGGAAUUCUUGCACAUACAGCAAAGGCUACAGGGUUUUCUUCAGUUUCUGAAAUGCUCAAUACCCUUCCUUCAAAACAAUGUACACAGCCUCCCUGUUCUGAAACAUUGGGUCCUAAAGAGGUUCUGAAUGAUCCUCAUGAUUAUGUUGUUGCUGAUAAGCAACUUGUGUCUUCUAAAAAGAAGUGCAGAACGAGGAAGAAAAAUGGAAACGAUGCAUGUGCAAAUGAUGGCUUGGCUAAUUCAGAGACGUCCAAAAAGCCUAGACUGGCAUCCAAGGAAAAAGAAAAUUUAGAUUCCCGGAGGGUCAUAGGUGAUGCACCUAUUAAAGAAGCUAGCAGGGGUGACUCAUGCAAGGGAGAUGUUGGUAUUAAUGGUAAUUUGAGAGUUUCUGGAGACAAGGGCCAAAAUGUUGUUUUUAAGAAAACAGAAAAGAGGGGUGUUACUAAUCCUAAUGGAUGUCGUGAUUCUCUUGAGGUUUCAGAAGGCAAUCAAUCUCCUAAAUCACCCCAAGAGAAGAAAGUCUCACAUUUGACAUUGGAGAAGCAAUCUAAGAAAAGGAAAGUGUUACACGAGGGGAAGGAUGAGGCUGUCAGAGAAAAUCAGAAGAAGGAAUCUGUUGAUGAGGAUGUGGAAAUCAAUGGUCAGAAACAGUGUUGCACAGUUAUUUUUGAGUUGGGAAAACCAAUCAAUCUCAGGAAAAAAAAAAAACAAGCAGCUCUAGACCUGGAUGCAAAUGUUGAUUUGCCUCAAGGCAAUGCUUUGAAAGAGCUUGCAGGUGUUGAUCUACCUGAUGAUGAUGUUGGGCCAGCUUUGCAAUUUUUGGAGUUUUGUGCUGCAUUUGGGAACUUUCUAGAUUUAAAGAAAGGCCAAUCAGAAUCAGUCCUACGAGAAAUAACACGUGGACGCAUUGGACGUCGAGGAAUAUAUUCUUCAAGUCUUCAAUUUCAUAUGAAACUAUUGUCCUUGAUGCUCAAGGACUUGGAAGAAGAUUCGCCCAUCCCAUAUUCAAUGAGCAAUUCGGAUUCAUGGGUGGAAGCUCUCAAAAAAUAUGUCUCCAAAUCACAAUCUUCUUUGAAGGAAAUUCCAUUCUGUUUUCUCAAUAACGGAUCUGAUGGAUACGAUAAGCUUGAGCCCUCAAAAAAAUUGAAAAUAAUGAACUUUCUUUGUGAUGAAGCUCUUGGUACAGAGUGCUUCAGAAGUUGGAUUGAUGAAGAAAAUGAAAAGUUUAUUAAAAGAGUUAAGGAGGGGAAAGAAAAAGUCUUGGCUGCAAAAGAAAGGGCAAAGAUUGUGAAGCAAAAAAUGAGAGAUGAGUUACCUCAAAUUCUUCUAGCUUCAAGAAAUGGAACUCCAGCUUCAGUUCAUGAACAUGAAAAUCUUGUUUCUAAGAUAAAAAGAGAGUCUGAGAAGGCUUAUGCACAGAUAUCAGAAGCAUUGGAAGCGGCAUCUAAAUUAAGGAACCAGAGGUCCGAUGCUGUUCGAACAGAGAACAUCCUUUUGGAUAAGACUGGUAGGGUAUAUUGGAGAUUGAAAGGCGACUCUGAUAAAGCUCAUGUUAUGAUUCAAGAUUUUGGCAGUUGGGAUUUGGGUUUUUACCAAGAGAAAUGGUUUAUCUAUGACGAUGAUCAAGAAAAAGAACUUGUGAAAUAUGUUGCAUCUUUAAGAAUGAAGAGUUCCAGAUUUCAGAAAGUUCAUGUUUCCUCAGAGCUUGAAUCCAGUGAAUUAUGUUUGAAACAUGACGUAUCAUCCUUCAAAAGCGGUGCUGACGAUGGUGAUCAUUGCCAGUUAAACAGAGUUUGACAAGGUAAUGGAAGGGCAUUUCCUUACAAGCAUGUGGACUGUGCCCUGUAUUUUGAGUAGGAGGGGAGGUUAGUGGGUUUUUCCUACCCACCAUGUCUCUGUAAAUUUUGCGAGCUCUGGUUGAUAUAAGUUGUCCUGUUCUUCUAAUUCAUCUUCCUUGGGGGUGACAGGCAAGGAUUCACCUACCUGUAUUUUUUGUUGUAAAUUCUUGUUUGGGAAGUAGCGGUUGCUGUGUCUUUAAUGGUGCAGUCUCUCUACCUGUGGGAUGUAUAAUGUUCUCGCACCAAAUGAAAAUGAAAGUGGAGAGGUGUAGCAAGCAAUGGCUGUCUUCUCUGUCUCUCAUAUACAUGCGUGUGUGAGCAUGCAUCGGAGAAUUCAUGAUGCUUUGCUGGUUGCAUGUAUGCUUUGGAUUCUUCUGGCAUGACUCUUGGGGUUAUGCCUUAUUUUGGACUAUGAACCCUAUGUUUCAGAAAUAUUUGGGUGUGUUUCCUUUUGGAAACAGUGAACAGUGCCAUGAAAAGAAAAUUAUUU